GGUGUCCGCGUAGUCAUGUUGGACAGCGUCCGGUGUCUAAUGUCGGUGGUCAUGUCGCCGUCGGAUCGGGCGCACGGCAGACGCGCGCCGGCCGUGGCCCGGCGGCAGUCGUCCAAGAGGAAAGUGCGCGUGCACAGGAUCAGUUCCAGGUACCCGGCCAUUGAGGUCAGGACCAGGAUGGACUCGUACGGCACGGCCGUGGGCACAGGACCGCGGGUCGCUGAAAAUCGGCCGGCCGGCAACGAAGGACGACGAACCGAUAAUGACGACGGCGGGCAAGACAAAAAAGAAGAAGUAGAUGAAGAUGGCGAAGAAGAGGACGAUUACGAGAACGACGACGAUGACGACGACGACGACGGAGAUGAAGAUGACGACCUCUGCGGCAGUAAGACGGACACGGUAGCCGGCUGCUCGUCGGCUUCGGACACGGACUUUUACUACGAGGACCGGAGCGACUGUCGCGGGAUGCACACGACCGUGGUAGAACUGCGGGCCGAAGAAGUGGAAAGGACCGACGCCGAGCGAGAGGAGUUCGAAGACAGCUUGACGAACGUCGAGGACCGUCGUAGUCGCCGGACCGUGGAGAUCGUGACGAAACACCGGCACGUGCUAUCCGAAACGUGUCGCGUCAAAGUGCAGAACCUGAGAUAUGGUCGAGUGAACGUGGUCAGGUGGCUGUUGUGGGAAGCAGACAUGCCGGUGCUGGAAAGAUCCAACAACGGUGCUCUGGCGCUGCAUUACGCGUCGGCCAGAGGAUGUCUGGACUGCGUAAAGCUCCUGUGCAAAUCGGCUGGCGAGAUAUGCGCAAACACUCAGAUGGACAAUGACGUCACGCCCGUCUACCUGGCCGCGCAAGAAGGACACCUGGAAGUGCUUAAAUUCCUUGUGCUGGAAGCUGGGGGAUCGCUGUACGUGCGGGCUAAAGAUGGCAUGGCACCCGUACACGCCGCCGCCCAGAUGGGAUGCCUUAACUGUUUGAAAUGGAUGGUCAGAGAUCAAGGAGUCGACCCGAACCUGAGAGACGGCGACGGCGCGACGGCGUUACAUUUCGCUGCGAGCAGAGGGCACGUCGACACGGUGCGGUGGCUGUUAAGACACGGUGCCAACCUGGUCGUAGACAAGUACGGCAAGAGCCCGAUCAACGACGCGGCGGAAAACCACCAGAUGGAGUGUCUGAACGUAUUGGUGCAACACGGUACCAUGCCGGAUUAUCACGACGAGAAAAAGAACGGCCGAUUGUUGGGAUGUACGUGCCGGAAAGAAGAACCGAAAACACGAUGCUCAUUUGCCGACUGCGUGAACUACAAAAAGAGCCAGGAACCGUUUUAUCUUCAUCCCCCGUCGCCGGUGUCCGGUCAUCUGCAGCCUCAGCAGAACGGCACCGGACGCGGCAAAGUGGCGGUCAAGGACGGCCUGUACGUCGUGAACGCCGCGACGGCGACGGUACAGCAGCAGCAGCAUCAUCAUCAGAUCGGCGGAUGCAAAGCCAACACCGCGCCCGUGGUCGUAGCCGUCGAACCGGCUCAAUCCGUGCAACAGCAUCAGCAGCAAGGACCGUUUUAUUUGCAUAAUCCGAACGGUGUGAUCGACAACCCGGUUAAGGACAUAUUCGCGGCGGACAAAACCGCGUACGUGAUCGCUGCUGGUUCUCCGCCGCCACCACCUCCGGCCGUUGGCCUCAACACCAUGACCGUCAAGGUGGAGGUGCACAGCAGCAACAGCAGCUCGGGUGCCGGUUCGGACGAGAACCUGAGCUCGUCGUCGUCCGACCGGUGCAGCGAUCCCGGAACGGCGGCUGGCGAGAACGAUUACGAGGACAUCUACGAGGUGAGGCACCGCGCCUCGUCCGGUACUGUCGGCGUCGGCCAUCACCAGCAGCAUCAGGCGCACGGCCGUGGCAAGGAUUCCAAGAGCCCUAGCCGCGAUUCCGGCAGUCACAGCCGCUCCGGGUCCAUGAGUUCCACUGGCAGCGGAGUCGGCGGUGGCCUGGGCGUCGUCGGAUCAGGUUCUUCCGUGGUCGUGCUUCAUACUACCACCACUGGCGGCACGGCGAUAAACUCGCCCGCGACCGUCACGAAUGUCAACGUCCAGUGUUCCAACACGACCAACAGCACCAAUAGUACCAUGAUCAACGACACGUCCAACUUGAUCGAGUGCUACGAGUCCGUCGGCGCUAUGACGCCAGAGUCCGGUGUGUCGAGCGGCUCGCCGUCGGACGUGAGCCAUUCGGCCGAGGACUCGGACCCAGAGGUACCCGGCCAGCACCACCAUCACACGCUUCCGCUGCACGCGGCCGUUCACCAUCACCACAAGGAACGGGCGCCCCUCAAGCGAGUGGUGUCCGAACCGGCGACGGGCUCGUGUCCACCACCGCCCCCGCCGCCGAUGCCGGUCAACGAUUUCCAUCGUCAGGUGUAUGUUUACGUGCAGACGGCCCGCAACCAAUCGACUCGUGACUCCGCGGACGGCGGUGGGGCGCAGAUGGCCGCGGCCGGACCGCAGCACCAGCAGCAGCCGACACCGUUCAUUCCGCCAAAGUUUCCGGCUGCGGGCGCCCACGACGACGGACUCAUCAAACCCUCGGAGUACCUGAAGAGCAUCGGAGGCGGCGGCAGUGGGUGUACCGGAGCAGCGGACGGCAACGAGGAACUACCGGGACGGUUCGCGAACGCGCCGUUGCACAGGACCAAGUCCGAGUUGUCCGUGGCCGUGCAGCAGCACCAGCAGCAGCCCUUGGCCGCCAUCAGCAUACACGACUUGCACAGCGUGCAGCUGAAGAAGACGCCGGGCACCGUCAAGAUCAUGCCGGGCCAUCACGCCAGCAACAACGCUUUCGACAAACAAUCCGGUGAAUUGCCUCCGUUACAAGCGCAGAGACAAGACUUAAUCGCCGAACUGAAAAUGUCCCAAGAUAUCAAUGGCAUCAAAAAAAUGAAAGUGGAAAAAGUCAAAAUGGAUGAAAUGAGCGAAAAACAAAAGAUCAAUGAGAUCACCAAACAAUUGUCGCCGGACAACAUUAUCGAUCAGAUUCCGGAAAAGGAUGCGAAUGGGAAUGUGAUACCCGCAUGGAAGCGUCAUAUGAUGGCCAAAAAGGCUGCGGAAAAAGCACGAAAAGACAUGGAAGAGGAACUGAGUCGACAAGCGGAGGAGAAGCGCUUGCAGGCUUUGCCGCCGUGGAAACGGCAGCUGAUGCAAAACAAGAAACAAGACGACAAGACGUCGACCCAAUCGACGAGAUCGCCCGGCACCGGAGCCAAAGUGACGUUCGCCGAAUCGCCGUCGCCGUCGCCGCCGCAGCCGGACGGGCACAACAAAGAGAACGAUCAGCCGAACGAACCGAUGUCGCCGUCGGAGGCCAAAGAGAAACCGUCCGAGGCGGUGCCGCCGCAGCCGCAACCGUCGCAGCAGAGCAACGGCAACAGGGCGGACGGUGCGGACAGCGACGACGACGGACACGCGAAAAUCAUUCCAUGGAGAGCUCAGCUGAGGAAGACCAACAGCACGCUGAAUCUUUUGGAAUGAUGCUGAAAAUCGUAUUUGAACUAUUACAACACCGCGCGCGCGCCUAUCGUACGUUCGGACACAUGUAUAUUGUUCCAUAUUAUUAUUUUUAUUAUUUAUAUUCGUCAUACACAUACAUAUACAUAUAUAUAUAUAUAUAUAUAUUAUACCUACGAUUAUUAAUUUUAUUUUAUUAUUAAGUUAUACAUAUUGUACGAAACGCUUAAGGUAAUGUUUAUAAUUUAUAUGAUAUUAUUAUCACACGAUCAUGCACGUCAUGAUUAUAUUACGCAUGCGCUGUACACGUACAUUACGAUGUAAACGUUGUCUUCUCUGUUCUGUUAAAAAAAUUAUAUAUAUAUAUACAUAUAAAUCACUGAAAAACAAUAAGUGCGAACGUUUAAGAUUAAGAUCGUAUAGUAUAUAUUAUGUGACAUGUAUAAUAUACCCUUACCGCAUGCAUUAUGUACGUUGACAUUAGAUAGUUGAUUUUAUUACCUUAUGAACUUAAACGAUAUUAUUAUAAUAUAAACGACAUGAUAUUACCUAUAAUGUUCUCGCGAAUCACACGUUUUAGGGAAGCCUUAUGAAUUUGUUAUUUUUUAUCUCAUUUGUUUUUUCAACAUUGUACGCUCUCGAAAUAUAGAAUAUCGAUUUUCAUUUUGACGAUGUGGUA